CUAAGGUCAUGUUAUAACGAACAUAUAAACAGCAUUUUUUUUUUCAAAAUAAUUAUUUCUUUUUUUCUCUCAUAUUUGCGACUUCUUCACCUCAAAAACUCUCCAACCUCCCAAGAAAAACAAUAUAAAAAAACAAGAAAACAACCCCUUUUAUAUCAACUACAAGCGUCAGUACUGUCAAUUUUAUUUAUUUAUUAGUAUAAUCUGAUUAUUGUAUCCAAGACUGUCGAAAUCUAUUGCUUCUUACAGGCUAAGGGUCAAAAAGAAAGAAAAUGGCUGCGGAUGACUAAGCUCUUCUUGCUGAAAGUGUUUGCUACGGGACGCCAAACAAAUCGGGCUGGUUAAAGAAAAUGGACUGCGAAACUUUACUGUCGAUUUAUCUUUAAAAAAUCAGUCUAAACCAGAUCCCUGCUUUUCAAUGUUUGUAUAUAUUCAAAAUAAUAAAGAGCUUAUAUUUACACACAACAUAUAUAGUUUGUUGGUAUAUAGCAAAAUUAGUUAUUCGACUUAAAUCUGGUUUAAAUCGCGUUUACCUAUAGCAACAUUAAAAUAAACUUUAAAUUUCAGUGCGAACAUAACAGAUGCACGUUUGCUUUACUCAUUGAAUAAAUUUACGAGUAUUAUAUUUAAAAUAUAAACAUGACAAAGAGAAGUCACCUUCCGCAAUCAAAACAUAAAAAUAGCAUGUCAUCUAUGAAUAAGUGCACAUUAUUUUCACUUUCACUUCCUGAUCAAGCUUAUGUAGCCUGGCUCUCUGGCUGUAUGGUUAUUUCUUUUUAUAUAUUGCAAUUAUUUUAAAGUAAAUUUGAAACUUCUAAAACAGCACAUUCUAUCUGAUUGCUAAACCAUUCAUUUAUAUUCGGAGACUGGGGCAAUACGAGGGGCGUUCAGAUACGAAUGCAACUAGACCAGUUUUCAUACGUGCUUAACAAACAAUACCAAAAUAACUAUCUCAAUCCUUCAAAAUACUCACCAUCAUGUGAUAUACAAAGUUUCAGUCUUUUAAUCCAUUUUUUAAAGGCGUUUCCAUAAUCUUUUCGAGGUACUGUAAAAUCAUUUAAUUUCGUGGGCAUCAAAUUUCGUGGUUUUGGUCAAAACGACAAUUUCGUGGGGAUAUGAAUUCGUGGAUUUCAACUUUUGAACAUAAAAUGAAUGGGAAUUUUGCUUGUUCGUUGGGAUUAAAUUUCCAGACGCUCCUACUGAGAUACUAACGCAUUUAGCUAUAUGCCUAGAUGUAAAUCUUGCAUCGGUAGCAAUCAAAUCCUUUACUUUUUCAACCAUUUUUGGCGAAAUUGCAGUUUUCGGACGGCGUACAUGAGGUGCAUAUUUUACUGAAUCUACACCACUUUUAAAUUUCUUACACCACCGUGUGACAGAUGAAAAAGAAAGUUCAUUAUUCCCAUAAACACGACGUAUUUCAUUAAAUAUGUCUUUCGCCUGUAUACCAAGAAUACAGCGGUUCUUGAUAGAGGACCGUAUUUGGUCAGUGAAAGGAGACCGUUUCCCAACCAUUUUAGCUUUCGGGUACACGAGCUAGACUGAACGGAUUUAAACAUGUAUUGUAUCAUUGGAGAGCUUACACAACCUUCUAUGCGAUACAUAUGCAUAUUUCGUGCAAAUCGUGGUUAAAGGCGAGAUAUUGACCUAGUUGCAUUCAUAUUUGAACACUCCUCGUACAAAUAUCAAUAUAGAAACAACUUGCUAGAGUAACUUCCUCUGUUUAUAAACUUAUACCUUUUAUAUAAGAAAUAUGACAGAACAAACAUAGGGACAGGAGCCAGUCUAACUUACUAGUGAGAUGCUUUUUAACAUCUGACAAUUGACUGGAAAUAAAAAAAGAAGUCAUAAUUUCCCUAUUUGUUGACUCCACAAUCUGACAAUGUAUCUAGUGUAAUGAUUUUAAAUGAACUUGAUUGGAGGCGUUUGGAGGGAUUUUUUUUUUGCCGCCCGAUCAAACAUUGUCUAGUCAUCAAAAUACGCUUAACAGAGUCACUUGAUAAUUACAGUCAAACCUAGUUCUCGUAUAACUUCCUGUUCAGUUAUACACAAUAUGACAUUUUUACUCGUUCGGAGCAAUAAUUACAUGGAUAAAUUUAUUUACUUUGUAAAAUGUGUUGUCCUCUGAUAUUGUUACGCUUUAUGAGACGUUAAAACGUUGUGACGUCUUAAAAUGAUUGGAAUUGAGAAACUUUAUACAAGCUCUGAGCAAAUAGUUUAAAUGUUUAGAGCGGAGAAAUUCUUCAUGCACCAGCUUUUCAAAUAACUUAAAGUUUAUGCAUCCGAACAUUGCAGGUCGGAACACUCAUUUCUUAUGAAAACAAGUAUAGUGGGGUUUUCAUUCACUACAAUUGAUAACAAAGGAAUCAAAAGAAAAAGUGUGUGAUAUGCGUGGCUCUUGUAAACAUGAUUUAAAUCAGAUUGAAUUGUUAAGUACAUUAUUAUGGAAUAUGGAUAAUUAUGUUUGUUAUAUAUUUACAACUUUCCUACUCCAACCAAUUGUGUUAACUUAAAAAGAAAAAACAACAUGCACUUUUGACUAGCCUGUAUAAAAAUCAGUAUAUGAUUACAUAUAAAAUUUGGAGCAACAGAUAAGUUGCGUAUUUGCGUAAAUACCCAAACAAAUUUGCAAAAUGCCCAAUAUAAUUUUUUUUAAUGCGUAUCAAAUCUCAUAUGUAGGACCAAAAUACCUAAUUCUCAUCCAGGCAACGUAUCAUCGUAAAUGGCCUGCCGUAUUCAAGGUCUCGAACAGUUCGAAAAUAUCCAAAUUUAUUAAAAUGUAUACAUUUUCAUUGAAAAUUAUGACGUUUAUUUCAUAUGAACAGCGAAAGGAAAUGCGUAAAAGUUACGACAACACUGCUUAGUGAUAACGGGCCGCCUGGGAACGUUCCUUAGAUGGCGUCGCAUUUGUUCCGUCUGGGGAACAAAAUGGCCUGGAAGCAGAUUUUAAUGUUAAAUGCAACAAAAUAUGUGCAGUUUAUAAUAUAACCUUCUUUACAAAUGGAAAGGAAAUAUAAUGUUAAUAUAAGAAAUGAAUAAAUCUUUUUUCGGAGUUCAUGCGAAAUGAACGACGGAAUAGGAUUGGUAAAUAAAACAUGAAUCGCUAACUCCGGAAAAAAAAAUGUCACGUCUUAAAUGUAUCAAGAAUGCGCUGACAGUAACGCGUCUAUAUGCGCUAUGGCGUCGAAACGGCGAAGAAAGAAAAUAGCAAAAAUCUUAUUUUACCAACUACUUUCAUAGUAGUCUGGCCUCGGCUGUGAAACAGGAUGUUAAAAGAUUAUUUCGAGUUUUACAAUGAAGAAUUUUGACGAAUUUUGCGCAUUCCUGUGAUCGUGUCAAUAAAAACUUUCAAGUGAACGAUGGACACUUAUCUGUUGUCGCUGAAAAACUGUGUACAACACAGUAGUACAAGGGAAUACACAUAGUGAUCGAGUAUCCUUUAUUUUGUUUAUAUCUUAGUGCUACAGUUUUGUCCGUGUUGCAAGCAAAAAUAUAUAAGAUCCCACUGAAAUGCAUGGAUACCCAAUUAAUUUUGAUUUUAUUUAAAAUCAUGGAGUAACGGGUUUUGGAAAAUUUUAUGCAGGUUAGCCAAUACGCAACCAAAACGGCUCAUCCGUUGCUCUGUAGGUGAUGAAUAAUUAGUUCAUAAGUUGUUAAUUACUUCUGAUCAUAUUCAAUCAAUUUCCUUUUAUCAUAGAGUUCCGUUGGUACUAGGGUGUGUGAGGCGAGCUGAACAUUCUAUUUUCUUCGGUCAAGUCUGCUUCUGUUUUCCUUUGUUGCAUUUUUAUACUUAUAGACGUUCGUUUAGUCUCUUGUAAAGAUAACCCUUGUUUAACAUAUUUUAUAUCUCGUCGUAGAGAAAUGGCUGUGAUGUAGAUUUAUUUUUCGAAUUAAGUUUAUUGAUAAAUUCAAUGGCCAUUAAGAGCAUCACACAACAGCAAAAUAAACAGCAAUAAAAUAAAAAGAAUGGCAAAAUGACAAUCAAUAAAUAUGAGAUCUGAAAUGGAAUGGAAUGAUAUUUAAGCGUGAUAGUACAAAACAUAGUAAUCUUAUGUCGCAAAAUGACGCCACUAAAUGACACUUUUCUACCAAAAGUUGAAAACAUGGUAAACAUUCAUCAGCUGAUAAGCCCGUAGAAGAAAACGAGAAAAAUGCUGAUGAUGCAAUUGUCCCGGUGCAUUGUUUACUGGCCAUCAGAAAAGCCAAUACCGGGUUAAAUUGAGAUGUUAAAAUUAUUUCAAUUGCCUAUAAGCUGACAUUUAUUUUGAUUUUCUUAUACUCAUGGAAAGUAAACCACUUAUUAUUUUAGCAGGCUAUAGUAAAAAUUAGAAUAUAAGUAUUUUGUGCGUUUAUACGGGUAGCAAGAACUACCCACGUGGUAAAUUCAUCCUCUACUAGUACAGACACAGAGCGGUCUGACCAGAGGGACAGAGUGAGAUAAAGCCCCCAGAACAGAUAGAGAGAAAUCCUUUGUAGAUACAGGCCUGUCCGGCUAACUUAACCUAGCGCUUUGCGAAUAGACAGUCUACCGUCUUUCCUGGGAAGAACCAGUACAGGCCUGUAGUUAGGAGGGAGACACUCAAGAGCAUCUCAGAAAUUCCCAGUGCCUGGACCGGGAUUCGAACCCCGGACCUCUGGAUUGACAGUCAAGCGUGUUACCACUAGACCACGUCCCAUUUUUAUACUAGUAUAAACGCACAAAAAUAGCAUUUAAUUCUUAGAGACGUGCCAAAAAUUACUGUAUUCUUUUGUAUUUCCAUGAUUGUAAUUAUCCGUGCUUUGCAAGAAAAAAAUGAGAAAUAACAAACUUGUAUCUAGUUACAAAUUGACAGUGACAUUUAUAAUAAGACCAAGAUGUGUUAAUCUGAAUUAAUGUAGUAGUAUGAACAGUACUUUAUAUUGUAGGGUUAGUUAAAAGCACAUAGUCCACGAAGUUUCUAUGUAUUUCAAUAGUAAACAGUAGUCAACUGAUAUUAUUUACACUCUAAUGCAGCAGCGCCACCUGUGGAGAUAACUAUGUCGGAUUUGUCAAAAUUGUCUAAAGCAGCCUUAUCUGGUAAAACCAGUUAAUGUAAAUAGACAUGCAUUUUCAUGUGUCGACGAGUCGAUAUUGUAAGCUUAUUCUUAAUGAUAACACAAAUCGUUUGGGGAAAAAAAGCUCGAGUACAGGGUAUAGAUAAACGUUAAACAAGCACGGUUUAGCUGAAGUCUAGUUUAUUGUGUUCACGGAUUUAAAGCUUUGUUUGUGCGAGCUGGCUCACCAGCAAGACAUUCGAGGGUCUUUUAAAGCAUACAUAUUUUGGUAAAAGGAUUACCAAGAAAGAAGAAUGACAAACGUGCUAUAAUGAAAUGAUGUGCAUCUAGAAUAUAACGUCACAGAAUGUUAAAACACACCACAACGUCGUUCUUCCUGUUGGUGUUUCUAUCUCUGCGUACACGUACAACGCUUGGAUAUUCCAAAGUACUUUACAAGGACAGUUCGGAUUUUUCUUGCAAUUUCAGUAUCAGCACUUUGAAACUAGUCAUACACAAUGGUUUCAUAGAAGAAAAGGUUAUAAACUGUUUAAGAACUUAUAAUACUGCAGAAACACUAGUAGAUAUUAACAGUAGAUUAAAGGCUAUUCCGGAAUAUAUAAAUAUACUAGACAGGCUUACACAUUUGGAAUUACCACACAAUGAAAUAACCGCAGUUUCUUUUAAUGCGUCAGAGCAUAUUUGUAAAAACUUGAAACAUCUUGUUCUUGAUCACAACGAUAUUAAAUUAUUACGACCAGGAAAUCUUGAUUGCUUAGAAUCUCUAGAGACAAUUUCGCUUGCAAACAAUAACUUACAAGUCAUUGAGAAUGGGACAUUUAAUGUCAAGUUAAAGGCGUUAGGACACAUCAACCUUGUUAAUAACAAUCUGACAUCUGUUGACACCAGUUUGAUUAGCAAACUCUUAUUGUCAAAAAAUACAAACACUAGAGUGAAUGCCUCAUUCGAUAGAAUAACUGGAAUUACAAAUUCAGUAAAUAUCACCAUAGAACAUUUUUCAAAUUUAACCCAGAUUUACAUUGUUCUUACGCAUAACAAUAUGACGACAUUUGGCAUAGAACAUUAUUUCAAAAUUUUUAAUAUUACACACCCAUUUCCUCAGCUGCUAAAUUUGUGGAACAGUGGAUUUGAUACACGUUUUAAUCCGUUUAUUUGUGAUUGUGCGCUCUUUCCUUUAGCCUUCGCACUGAAGAAAUUUCAUGACAUGGAUCCAGAUAAUCCUGUAUUUUCAACGACGUGUGGAAGUCCUAAACGUUUUGAAGGAAUGCUGGUUCGCAAGGUACCAGCUGACCAGUUUAACUGCUCAGUUACUCAAGACUGUCCAGAAUCUUGCACUUGUACUAAAACUGUCGCCAUUGGCCUUAUUUCCGUCGAUUGCAGUGAUCAGUACCAUGCAGAUGACCUACCUACAACAUGUCCAGUCGCAGACAAUUUAAACAUUAAUAUCAAAUCGCAUGAUGUGACUAGAAUAUCCUUUAGAGAAUAUCUGCGCAAUGUGACAGUUUUUGAUGUCGCAAAUUGUUUCAUUGCCGAUAUAGAUCCAUCAUUCGUUGAUAUGCUGGAAGGCACCAAAAAUAAAUCGAUAUACUUACAAGAUAAUUAUUUGAAAACUAUUCCAAAAACAUUUCAGAACGUUAAUUUUAGUGAAGGACAAGUUUUAACCAUAGAUGGAAAUCAAUUCAGCUGCGACUGCCAUACAUUAUGGAUGAAACAAUGGCUUCUGUCAAACAAAAAUCACAUUUAUCACCAAGAUAAAAUAUUAUGUGAAACUGGACCUGGCCAAGGUAAGCCAAUGGUUGAAGUACCAGACAGUGACUUUGUUUGUCAAACAAGUCUUCCAUUCCUUGAUAUAUUAUUAAUUUCCGCUGGAUCACUGUUAGUUUUUAUCAUAUUAGUUUUAUACUGUUUCCGGAAGAGAAAACAUCGGCGUUUACGUUAUGAUAUCUUUAUACCACAUUCAUGUGAAGACGACGAUAUAAUAGAAGUUGUUGCAAAUUAUCUGAAACAUCAUGAUCCGCCCUAUAAAGUGUGCAUUGGUGAGAGAAACUUUGAACCUGGCAAAACAAUAUCUGAAAACAUACUUGUUGCAAUAGAAUCUAGUCAUACGACUUUACUCGUCAUCUCGAACAACUUUCUAAGAAGUGCUUGGUGCAACAUGGAAUUCCGAGAGGCCCAUAUGAGAUUCCUGAGGGACAGAAAUAUAAAUAUGGUGCUAAUUAUCUUAGAAGAUCUGGAUGCGUCACUUGUUUACAAGGAAUUGAAACUAUACUUGGAAACGCAUGUGUACAUUAAAUACAGUGACAAACAUUUUUGGGCAAAACUUUUGCAGAGCCUUCCAAUAAUGAUUCCAAACGAUCCUACACGUGACGAAACAUCGCCGCUAAUUUCAGAGUAG